CAUGAAGUAAGUUAUUCAAUCAGUAUUUUGAACAGCUGGAGCUGUUACUGUCAUGGGAUUUAGUUUUAAUUCAGCCUGACUACUUUAUCCACUCUGUUACUGAACAGAUAAUGAGUUUGUUCAUCGCAGCAUUUCUUCUGUGGGCUGUCACAGCUUCAGAUGGAAAGGCAGUCCCUACUCUUCCAUAUUUUGGGGACAGCUAUCAUGUCAAAGGAGUGAUUUCUCUGCCCUAUGCUGAGAUUAAGGAGCCAUUCGAGGCCUGGUUAGACCUAGCAGCAAAGUCCAGCCGAAUAGACUACUACCAUGGCCAGGUGUCCACCUACCAGCUGGGGGCGGAAGAGCCGUGGGGCGUCGCCUAUAAAAUCACUCCAGAGACCACAGAGACGGAGCUGAACGUGAUGAAGUGUUUCCUGGCCAACGGAACAAAGGAUGAAGCAGUCACACCGCAGGCGUCGCUACCUGAUGUGCAGGGCUUUCAGUUCCUGAGGAUGGAGUACUACGGAGGGUCCCUGUGUGAAGUCUGGCAGAAUGUGACCACUGUGGGUCACAAGAAGAACACGUACACUCUGUGGGUGACCCACUCAGAGGAAGGGGCAAGUGGCAAAGAGGACCCUGCCACGCCCCUCCAUUAUGAGAUGAUGGGCUACAACACACUGCUGGGCUCACAUUAUGACAAAUACCUGGUGGACUACGUGGAGUUCAGCACUCAUGUUGACCCCAAAGUCUUCUCGCUGCCUGAAGGGAUGGAGUGUGGAGGGUUUCCUGGUCCAGGAGUGGAGCAUCACAUGUUGGCCAAUCCAAUGAAAGAUCUCAUCCACACUUCUGCAUCGGGCCAAUCACAGCGCAUGUUCAACGUUUUCAAGAGCAAGUUCCAACGUCAGUACAGUGAUGAAAGAGAGCACGAGAAGAGGGAGCACGCUUUUAUUCACAACCUCCGGUACGUCCACUCCAAGAACAGAGCAGGCUUGUCCUUCUCUUUGGCUCUGAACUCUCUGUCAGACCGCACCAUGUCAGAGCUGGCCACCAUGAGGGGAAGGAAACAGAGAAAAACCCCAAACAGAGGAAACCCCUUCCCUGCAAAGAUUUACGAAGGCGUCCAAGUACCUGAGUCACUUGACUGGAGGCUUUAUGGUGCUGUGACCCCAGUGAAGGACCAGGCCAUCUGUGGCUCCUGCUGGAGCUUUGCCACCACUGGAGCAGUAGAGGGCGCCCUCUUCCUGAAGACGGGCUCCCUGCAGGUCCUCUCUCAGCAGAUGCUGGUGGACUGUUCCUGGGGUUUCGGCAAUAACGGCUGUGAUGGAGGGGAGGAGUGGAGAGCGUACGAGUGGAUCAUGAAACAUGGAGGCAUCGCCACAACAGAAACUUACGGAGCCUAUAUGGGAAUGAAUGGGUUUUGCCAUGUGAACGCCUCUCAGCUGACUGCACACAUCCAGAGCUACACUAACGUGACCUCAGGAGACGCAGACGCCCUGAAGGUGGCGCUGUUUAAAAACGGCCCAGCAGCCAUCAGCAUCGACGCUUCACAUCGCUCCUUUGUCUUCUACAGCCACGGUGUUUACUACGAGCCAGCUUGUGGUAACACCACUGAUGAUCUGGACCAUGCUGUACUGGCAGUAGGGUACGGCAGCCUGGAUGGGGAGCCGUACUGGUUGGUAAAGAACUCCUGGUCCACAUACUGGGGCAACGACGGCUACAUCCUCAUGUCUAUGAAGGAUAACAACUGUGGCGUCACCACUGACGCCACGUAUGUCACACUGGCAUAGAUUUUACUGUUUGUUUGUUUAAUGCCACUAUGUGAGUGCCUCAGAUGAAUGACGCCUAAUGCCAGAUGUGUUUUAUGUGGCUAGCAGGUCAAACUGAACUGUUAGCCUUGCUGAUAAUGUCAUUAAUGUUGCUGUUGAAUAGUGUCAGUGUGUUUUAAAACGCUGCACAACUUGCACACAGAAAAAGCCACUUUUUCAAACAUGAUUUAUCAGUUUAUUGCCAGUG